AUGGACGGAUCAUCACGCAUGGCCCUCGAUGACAGCGACUACGGAUCCGAUUUCUCGGUAGGGGAGGAGGGCAUCGUACACCAACUUCUCGAGAAUCUAGGGAAUGCGAAUGUGAAUGCGGAUGCGAAUGCGACAGUGUCAAAGAGCACCGACUCUGCUGCAGACACCGCCGAUGCUUCUCUCGAAGCUGAUAUUCGCGCUGCCGUCGCGGCUGGCCUAUUCAUGUCAUCGCCUGUUGGACAAGACCCCCAGAACCAUGUACCGUCUCCAGCGCCCAAGCCCAGCAUCAUGCUGUCCGCCCAUGCAAAGACUCCCGCACCAGCUCGCGGGAAGAGCCACAGCGAUGCCGUCACGCGCCAAUCCCUGCUCGGUCAGCAGUCUUUGCCAAUGGAUGGCAUCCAGUACCCGGAUUUAAGCCGCGCCUUGAACACUAUAGAACCCAAGGCCGCCUCCAUACCAGAGCCCCCGAACGAAGCGGAUGAUACACGGUCGCCCCUGGAGCGCUUUCGGUCCUUUCCAAAAAAGCCAUUCAGUGUGUCUGAUCUGUCUUCUGGCGCCUGGUGUGAGCUGCAAUAUUGGUACACAUUGACCCUCCUCCCUGGCGGGAAGAAGACGAGAACUGCGGCAAUGCGAGGGGGCUCCCGCGUUCAUCAGACCCUAGAAGAUGAAGUUCACACUACCGUUCCCGUCAACAUAACGACAAAGGAGGAAGCAUUCGCGCUGCGGCUGUGGAACGUCGUCCAGGGUGUACGCACUCUGCGAGAAACUGGCACAACAAGAGAAUUGGAAGUAUGGGGGGAAAUCGACGGGGAAAUCAUUAAUGGGAUUAUCGACCAUCUGAGCUACGAAAGCCCAAAUGCGGGUUUCGAGGAAGAGCUCGAUCUACCCGACACUCCACAGGGGAAACUCAGGAUCAAGCCGAAAAAUCAGUCGUCCAUCACAGACUAUCUGGGGUCAGGUAACAGUAGCAGGAGAGUCUACUUGACCGACGUCAAAACUCGAGGCUCAACCAGGCUCCCAAGUGGCGCAGCCCUCAGACCAGCACGAGUACAAUUAUUCUUAUACCACCGACUACUGGGUAAUAUGGUGUCCGGCAAGGUCGAUUUUCCAGCCAUCCUCAAUCGCUAUGGUCUUAAUGCCGAGGCUCGAUUCUCCGACGCUUUCAUGGCUCAGAUAGGUGACCUUUAUGAUGAGGUGUUUUACGACGCUGACUCCGAGGUGGAAGCAAUGCCUUCAAACGAAGCCGGUGGUGCAUACCCGGACGCAUCACCCGAUGUGUCAGCACGCAUGUCGCCUCCAUCGGAUUUGAUUCGGUACCGGUCGAUUCAGCAGAUACUGCCACUGCUCGAAACAGAGCUGAAGGAUACUUUCCCCCAGGGCGCCGGCUCUCUCGGUGAAUUGCUUGCCGUGCAGUAUCGCCACCGCGAGGACGGUCGCAUCAUCGGAAACAAUUCAUUCCCUAAUGAUCCUGAAGUGCUGGAUGGUUACAUGAAGAGAAAUCUCAAUUGGUGGCGCGGACAGAGAGAAGCUGAGGGUGUUUCUAUCGAAGAGACCUACAAAUGCCGCUUUUGCGAUUUCGCCGAGAGCUGCCAAUGGCUCAAGGACAAAGAGACCGAGUUCACCCAGAAGAAGCGGGCCAAGGUACAAGCAGCAGUCCACGACACGAAUCCGCAAAGUGCUGUGGCAAUAUAG